GCUCCACCCCCAGGAAACAGCCAGGGGACCCGGGGCUGGACCGUGGAUCUGGACGUGUCCUGGAGCCGGAGGAGCCGGAGGAUCCGCGGAGACAUGUCGGCCUCCAGAGCUGCUCUGGUCUGCUGCUUCUUCUGUCUGGUCCCAGGGGUGCCAGGGACUCUCCGGGGCCCCGCCAGGGCCCACCUCACCUCCACCAACAUGGACCUGGUGUUCCGGUGGGAACCAGCUCCCGGGGCCCCCACUGGACUCACCUACUCCACCGAGUACAGGAGUUCAGCUACUCCGUUCAGGCCCGGCUGUGUGAAGAUCUCUACCCCGGAGUGCGACCUCACCCCCUUCAAUAUCAGUGUGUAUGGAAUGUACACGGCAAGAGUCCGGGCUCAGCUGGGGGACCAGGGGUCUGAGUGGGUGCUGAGUAAUAACAUCACACUGGACAGAGAAACCUCCAUCGGUUCCCCCAGCGUGUCUCUCCUCUCCAUCGGGGAGAAUCUGGAGUUGGUCAUUAAAGAUCCAAAGUUCAGGGUGUCAAGGCUGAGGAGUGUGUACAGCUCAGCCACCUACAACAUCACCUACUGGAAGAAAAACCAGGAAAACAAGGCCAGAAACGUCCCCGACGUGCAGCAGAACAGGGUGAUCCUGGACGACCUGGCCCCCAGCAGCGAGUACUGCGUCCAGGUCCAAAUCCACACCGUCAAAAACCCCAAGCCCAGUUUCCCCAGUGAAAUCACCUGUGGCAGCACUGCAGGGGAAAAAGAAUCUCCAUGGGUGGCCGCUCUGGUUGUGUUUGUUGUCAUGGCAGCAGUGGUGGCUCUGGUGGUUGUCGUGGUGCUGCGUUGGAAAAGAAUCUCCCACUUUCUCUGUCCAAAGCAUGUACUACCUGAGUAUUUCAAAGAGUCCCUGCUAGACCCCCCCAGCUCCUCCUUGUGUUUUGUGAUGCAGAACUGUCCCCCGGUGGAGGAGAUCAACCACCAGGUGGACGUGGUUCCCAGCGCCAGGAUGCUGGAGGAAGGAGAUCCCCUGAAGGCGGUGGAGAGCAGCUGCAGGGAUCAGCUCCAAACCCCAGGAGAAAACAGACAACACGUGUCAGAGGAGACGCUAUGACCACACAUGCCCAGAGACUUUAUUCAAUGCUUGAGGAGACUUUUGCAGCACCAGCGUAGAAUGUGAUUCUCUGAUGGUUUCUGAAGAGUAACAUCCAGGGCCGGAGCUAUGGGGGGGGGGGCGGGAUGUGCACAGGCCCCCCCACAUUGACAGGUUGCUCACCCAGUGAGAGUCGUGAAUUGUUUUUAAAAAUAUAUUUCUUACUAAAUUUACUUUGUUGUAAAAGUUUCAUUGUGUUUUUUUUAUUUUCUUGAACAUUAAGAAUGUAAUAUAGCCUACACAAUAAUAUAAACAAACUUCAUCUUUGACAUCACUGACUGACAUCACUGACUUAGAAGGCGCGUCGUGGUCCUGGAGCAGAUGGAUACAGUUCAGAUUAUAAUGACAUUCAGUGCGUUUACAUGGGAAGUUUAAUUCCUCUUUAAUUCAGAAUUAAAAUUAAAUCUGAUUUAAAAUUAGUAAAAAUUACCAUGUAAACACCUAAUUCUGAAUUAAAAUUGCCAUUCCGAAUUAAACUUAAUUCCGAAGUAAGUGGCUGGUUUAUUCCUGUU